CCUGGCAUUCCCGGUGUCCCGGCAUUCCCGGUGUCCCUCUAAUCCCGUUUCUCUCCGCAGGGAGCGGGGAUGGACAGGGCCAGAUCCUGCAGCGCUUCCCGGAGAAGGACUGGGAGGACAAUCCCUUCCCCCAGGGCAUCGAGCUGUUCUGCCAGCCCAGCGGGUGGCAGCUUUUCCCCGAGAAGAACCCCCCGACCUUCUUUGUGGCCGUGCUGACCGACAUCAACUCAGAGCGGCACUACUGCGCCUGCUUCACCUUCUGGGAGGCCCUGGAGAGCCCGCAGCCCCAGAGCCACGCCAGGAAUGGUGAGGGUGAGGAGGAGGAGGAGGGAGAGCCCUCAUCCCCGGUGCAGCCAGCGCAGCUCUUCGCACCCAAGAGCCUGGUGCUGGUGUCACGGCUGGACCACGCCGAGGUGUUCCGGAACAGCCUGGGGCUCAUCUACACCAUCUACGUGGACGGGCUGAGCGUGUCCCUGGAGAACGUCAUCGGGAACCUGCUGACCUGCACCAUCCCCAUCACUGGUGGGGCACAGGUGGGUGCUGCUGGCCCUGCCCUGUCCCCACGCUGUCCCCAGAGCCCGGUGCUGCUUGCUGUCCCCACUGUCCCCUAUCCAUGUCCCUGCUGUCACAUCAGUGUCCCUGCUGUCCUGUCAGUGUCCCCGCUGUGCCAGGAGGGAGCA